AUGAACUCCAUCAUUGCCGGAAUAGUGCUUCUCAAUGUGUUGCUUCACAGCAAUCCGGCACUCGCAGCAAGCUACGUCGUUGGGGACGCAACGGGUUGGAAGUUCAACGUCGCAGGCUGGGAAAACGGCAAAAGUUUUAAGGCCUGCGACACUCUAGUGGUUGAGGACAAGGCUAGCUACGAUGCUUGCGUUGUGCCUGGAAAUGCAAAAUCGUAUUCUUCCGGCAACGAUGUAAUAACUCUUGGCAAAGGCCCAAACUACUUCAUUUGCGGCUUUCCUCGACACUGCGGAUUUGGGAUGAAGAUUGCUGCUAAUGCUGCUUAA